AUGUUUUUCAAAUCACAGAGAAUCGAUGUGUUACUAGGUGGCGGCUUAUUUUUUAACUUAUUGUGUAUUGGACAAAUUCGUCUGGAAAAUAAUUUUAUGUUACAGAAGACAAGGCUGGGUUGGAUAGCAUCAGGUGGCGGUAUUAUUCCAAAAUACAAUCACUCAUUUUCGUUAGCUAUAGCUAAGAAAUCAACCACUGAAUUGGAAUUUGAAAAUGAAAAAUCGUUAAAUGAAAUUGUAAAAAGGUUUUGGGAAAUAGAAAAUUGUUUUGACGCGCACUCUUCGCUAACAGACGAAGACGCAUAUUGCGAAACCCAUUUCAAACAAAAUUUUACUCGGUUAGAUUCUGGUAAAUAUUCUGUUUUACUUCCUAAGCAGCGUAAUAUCGACUCACUCGGAGAUUCUUAUAAUCAUGCACUUCAACGAUUUCACAGUUUAGAAAGAAAGUUGCAACGUAAUGCUGAUUUAAAAACUCAAUAUGUUGAUUUUAUUAAUGAGUAUAUAAAUUUAAAGCACAUGUCACCAGCACAAUUACCAUCAGGUGUUCCAACGUGUUUUUUACCUCAUCAUUGUGUGCUAAAAAAUGAAAGUACAACUACAAAAUUGCGUGUGGUUUUCGAUGGGUCAGCUAAAACAUCCACCGGAUUUUCUCUUAAUGAUCUGCUGAUGUCUGGACCUACAAUUCAAUCCACACUCUUUGAAUUAAUUAUUCGAUUCCGAUAUUUUAAAAUUGCUCUUUGUGGAGAUAUCUGUAAAAUGUAUCGAUGCGUGCGUGUUACACAUCCCGAUGAAUAUCUUCAGUGCAUUUUGUGGAGAAGUAAUCUCGAUGAUGACGUAAAGGUAUUCAAAUUGGACACUGUGACAUAUGGAACAAGGCCAGCUGCAUUUUUAGCUAUUCGAGCAAUGCAUCAGCUGGCUCGCGAUGAAGAGAAAUCAUACCCAUUGGGUUCUAAAAUCGUUCUCAGAGAUUUUUAUGUAGAUGAUUUAAUGUCAGGCGGCGACACCGUGGAUGAAGUAAUCAACAUUAGAAGGCAAACUACUGAAUUAUUAAAAAAGGGUGGUUUCCAGAUCAGAAAAUGGUGUUCCAAUAAUCCAAGAGUAUUGUGUGGUAUCGCUGAAUCCGAACGUGUACAAUUAUUGAAAUUUAAAGAUGGUUCUGAUAUUACUAAAGCAUUAGGUUUAGUAUGGGAUCCAAACCACGACAAUUUUUUAUUUUCAUUUACUCCAGUGGUAGGUAGCCAGCAAAUUAACAAACGUACUGUUCUCUCAACUAUAGCCCGUUUUUAUGAUCCAAUCGGAUUAAUUGGACCUAUCAUCACCAAGGCUAAAAUUUUCAUGCAAACCUUAUGGAAACACAAAUUGCAUUGGGAUGAGAGUCUACCACAAGCAUUAUACUCAGCAUGGAUUGAACUUCGCUCUCAACUUACAAUUAUCAGCAGUUUUAAAUUCCCUCGUUAUGUUUUAAUGCCUAAUUCUAAAGUGCAGAUACAUGGUUUCUGUGAUGCCAGUCUGAGUGCUUAUGGUGCAUGUAUAUAUAUCAGGUGUGAGCGCUCGGGUGCAUUUGAUUCGCAUCUACUAUGCUCCAAAUCAAAGGUUGCACCACUAAAGACACUUACAGUUCCCAAGCUAGAACUUUCAGCUGCUCUACUUUUAUCGGAACUCAUUGAUAUGGUCGUCAAAACUAUAAAUUUUACAUGCGAUUUUCAUUGCUGGUCAGACUCAAUGGUGGUAUUAUCUUGGAUACGUGAACAACCGUCCAAUUUUAACGUUUUUGUCUCUAAUAGAAUUAGCAAAAUUCAAACUCUUACCUGUGGCAUGAAUUGGCAUCAUGUACCAACUUCUAUGAAUCCUGCAGAUAUCUUAUCAAGAGGAGCAGCGCCAGAUGAACUUUUAGCCUCAACACUUUGGACACAAGGACCUGAGUUUUUAAGAACAUCGCAUUUACAUUGGCCCCAAAAUACUGUUUUCGUAGCAGAAUUACCUGAACGACGCAGGAGAGUUUUAAUAACUACAUGUCAGCAAGAUUUAACGCUAUCCUGUAAAUUCGCUAACUCAUUUAAUAAAAUGCAGAUAGUUUUCGCAUAUAUUUAUCGAUUCGUGUCACUCAAACAUAAAGAGACCAUAAGGAAAACUGGCCAACUUGAUCCUCAGGAUAUUGAAAGGGGUACAAAAUUAAUGAUUUUAAACAUACAACAAACUCAUUUCGCUGCUGAAUACAAAAUAUUAAAAAAAAGAGGAAAUGUUAAUAGUUCAAGUAAACUUUACUCCCUCAAUCCUUUUAUUGAUUCAUUUGGAGUAAUUCGUGUAGGUGGUCGACUAAAACAUUCAUUACUAAGUUUCGAGGCUCGCCAUCCAAUGAUACUUCCAAAAGCUCAUGUUAUCACAAACGCAAUGAUAACCUAUUUUCAUCAGAAGAAUUUGCACGCCGGGCCACAAAGUCUGCUCGCCACAAUUCGUUUGCAAUAUUGGCCAAUUGGUGGUCGAAAAACUAUAACACGCGUUAUCAACAAAUGUGUUCGUUGUUUUCGACUUAAGCAAAAACAUGUCGAAUAUAUAAUGGGAGAUCUACCGCGCGACAGAGUGCAACCAAAUAGAGUAUUCCACACUACUGGUAUCGACUUCUGCGGUCCCUUCUAUUAUAAAUCUGAAGUGCGAACCAGACCUCCAGUAAAAUGCUACAUCUGUUUAUUCGUUUGUUUUUCGACGAAGGCUGUACAUUUAGAAGUGGUAAAAGAUCUAACUACAUCAUCGUUCUUAGCUGCUUUGAAACGUUUUACUUGUAUUCGUGGAAAUCCCAAAAUAAUUUGGUCUGACAAUGCCACGAAUUUCGUUGGUGCAAGGAACGAGUUGGCUGAAGUAAAACAAUUGUUCGAAAGUAGCCAACAUCUUAAAAAUAUUCAUCAGCAUUGUCUAAGCGAUGGCAUAGAAUGGAAAUUUAUACCACCUAGAUCUCCACACUUUGGUGGUCUCUGGGAGGCUGCCAUAAAAUCUGCAAAGCGUUUGUUUUACAGCACUGUUGGACUUUCAAUCUUAUCAUUUGAAGAAUUACGCACACUCGCAUGCCAGUUAUCGGCAGUGCUUAAUUCUCGCCCUCUUUGUUCUAUUUCAGAAAAUCCAGACGAUUUAGAAGUCCUCACACCAGCUCAUUUUUUGGUGGGUGGUCCGCUAAUAUCAAUAUCUGAGCCCAACCUUACCACGUCUGACUUCUCUCGCUUAGACAGAUGGCAACGAGUUAAUUAUAUGCUACAAAUAUUUUGGAAAAGGUGGAGUGUCAACUACCUCACCCUAUUGCAAGAGCGUAGCAAAUGGCGCUCACCUGCAGCAAAUGUUCGUGUUGGAGAUAUAGUACUAAUACAUGAAGACAAUGUUCCACCUCUUAAAUGGCAUUUAGGCCGCAUCACCAGCAUAAUAUGCGGAUCUGACAAUGUGGCUCGAGUGGCGGAAAUACGCACGAAUAUAGGAAUUAUCAAACGUGCAGUAAGGAAGGUGGCAGUUCUUCCAAUAGACGAUAAAUAUGUUUAA